AUGCCGCUGCCCCCCGCGGACGGCCUCGGGCUGAGCGAUCAGGAGGUGCAGACGCUGCUCUCCUCCGCGGACGAGAACGUGCUCACCACCGCGCUCUCGCGCGCCAUCGCGGUCGAAGACUUCGGCCUGGCCGCGAAGCUCAGCGCCCGAUUGAAGGAGCUCCAGGGCGUCGGCGACUCCCCCGCGGCGGAGAUUCUCGACUGGCGCGCGAUGGGCAUGGCCGAGUGGCUCUGCGAUCGAGCCGAAUCCCUCGGAUACAGGUACCCGACCGCGAUCCAGCGCCGAGCGUCGCUCGCUUUUUUCAAGAAGCGCGACGUCGUGAUCCAGGCGCAGACCGGCUCGGGAAAGACCCUCGCGUACCUCAUGCCCACCGUCGACAACAUGGACUUCGUCGCCAGGCGCAUGCUCCAGAUCUUAAUCGUCGUGCCGUCCAGGGAGCUCGUCAUACAGACGGUCAUGCUCGCGUUUCGCCUCUUCGGCGGCAACGUAAACUCGGGCGUCCCGGGCGACCCCGGGAACAUGUACAACUACAAGGGGCCGCAGGGGAUCAAGUGCGUGGGGGUGUUCGAGGAGGACCACGUUGUGCGCGAGGGGUUCGCGGACGUCGCGGAGCUCGUCGUGGGCACCCCCGAGUUACUCGCGCGGAUGAAACGCGAGGGUAAGCUCGAGGUGGACCUGGCGCAGACGAUUGUCGCCGACGAGGCGGACCAGCUCUUUGAGCAGUUUCCAGACGCGAUGGACGAGCUGCUCAGACCGUCGCCGUUCGAACCGGUGAUGGAGGACAGGCAGAUCGUGCUGUGCGGGGUGAACGUGCCGUCGUGGGUGAUCGACUCCGGGGUGCGGAAAGGGCACCUGCGGGCUCCGCUCGAGGUUUCGAUGGGCACCCCCGGCCGAGUGCCGCCGGACGUGUCGCACCGGCGGCUGGUGGUGCCGAGGGUGCGGAAGCUCGUCGCGCUCGCGAGGCAGAUCCGAUCGGACCUGAAGAACGCCGGAGAGGACGCACCGCCGCCCAGGACCAUCGUGUUCGUGCCCUCGGCGGCGGCGGCUGAGGCGGCGGCGACGCCCCUGCGAAAGUCGCUGUGGGGCCGGCACAAGCUCGCGGUGUUGCUGCCCGAGGGCGAGGAGGCGGUUCGCACCAUGCAGGACUUCCGGAAUCAGAAGACCACCCUGUUGCUGUGCACGCCGGACGUGGAGCGAGGCCUCGACAUGCCGGGCGUGGACUACGUCUACUCGCUCGACGCCCCCGGUACAUCGGCGAGUUACCUGCACCGCGCCGGUCGAUGCGGUCGACUCGGCGCCACGUCGCGCGGGACGGUGACCAGCGUCGUCACCCCCGAGGAGACGCAGGCGCUGGACCAGACGAUGCUGGACCUGGAAAUUUCGAGCUGGGAGUGCUUAGAGGAGCAGGCGAACGAGCCCGCGAUGGGCCGGCUGGUGGACGAGGCGUCGAGGGCGGUCAACUCGGACGCGUACGGCGAUUCGGAGGAGGAGGAGGAGGCGCUGGCGUGGACUGGCGAGGGCGACCUGGCGGGCGGGAACCCCGCUCGCGAGGAGGAGCAGGCGCUGACCGCGGAGGCUCUCAACGACCUGUUCUACCUGAUGGACGCGCAGGCUGAGGCUGUGAACGCCUUGGAGGCGGCGUUCUCGAUGGACGACGCCUUCAAGGACGACAGCGUCGACGAGUUGGAGACGGAGGAGGACGCGAGGAGCGAGAACAUGAAGCAGGCGCUGGAAGACAUCCGGAAGAUAUUCGACGUGUCCGACAUACCGGAGGAGGACAUACCGGACGAGUUCAAGCCCCCGGAUAUGAAGUGACGAGAGUAGACGGGACCGCGCGCCGCGAAGCGAUAGCCUCGCAACCGAGCAAGCGAGCGAGGUUGAGUUCACAGACUUUCCCGAUCGCGAGCAAUAAUUAUUUUAAGAUCGCGACGUUUC